AGAGGGAACGAACGACCCAUUCAUCCCCAUCUGUGCCUUCCCAUGGCCAUUGGCACUUGUCAGUUCCUACGAGGCUACUAUUUUUCCACUCUGUCAUUUUCAUUGCUUAUAUAGUGUGGACUUAUUAAUACACUUUCAUACUUCCUCAUGUUAAUCUUCAGGUAAAGUUCGCAACGUUGACCAAAAGGAAGGGAGUGAGAAGAACUAGCUAAGCUUGGAAAAUUGGUUGUUUUUGUAUUGAACUUGGGGAUCAGAUGGAGUUUCCUUCAUUUUUUCAUUUGAAUGUUUGGAGGGCAUGUGCAAAUAUGAAAGUCUGGACCAUUGUAUUACUCCUGCUACUACUGGAGAGUGAUGAUGUUGUGUGUUCCGGUUCGGAUUACUUGGUUGGUCUUGGAAGUUAUGACAUUACUGGCCCUGCUGCUGAUGUGAACAUGAUGGGGUAUGCUAACAUGGGACAAACUACAUCUGGAAUUCACUUCAGGCUGCUGGCGCGCGCUUUCAUUGUUGCGGAGAAAAAGGGCAACCGGGUCGUGUUUGUGAACCUCGAUGCUUGUAUGGCCCCGGAGAUUGUGACAAUCAAAGUAAUUGAGAGGCUGAAAGCCAGAUAUGGUGAUUUGUAUACUGAAAAGAAUGUAGCCAUUAGUGGAAGUCACACUCAUGCUGGACCCGGGGGCUAUCUACAAAAUAUUGUGUACAUCUUAACAUCUUUUGGAUUUGUGCGUCAGUCCUUUGAUAUCAUUGUUGAUGGCAUUGAGAAAAGCAUUGUCCAGGCCCAUGAAAAUCUCCACCCAGGAUCAAUAUUUGUUAAUAAUGGAGAACUCUUAGAUGCUGGUAUAAAUCGCAGUCCCAGUGCUUAUCUCAAUAAUCCUUCUGCAGAGAGAAGCAAAUAUAAGUAUAAUGUUGAUAAAGAAAUGACUCUUUUAAAGUUUGUUGAUGAUGAAUCGGGACCUGUUGGAAGUUUCAAUUGGUUUGCUACGCACGCGACAUCAAUGAGUCGUACAAACUCAUUAAUUAGCGGGGAUAAUAAAGGUGCUGCUUCACGUUUCAUGGAAGAUUGGUUUGAGCAAAGAGAUUCUGGAAGGGUGGAUUCUGUUGAGCUUGAGGAUGAUGGCUUGCCCCAAAGAAUCUCAAAUAUAAUUUCUAGCCUUCAUGAUAAUCGCCAUGAAUUACUGGAACUUGCUGCUUCCUUCCAAUCUCCUCCUGGUAAACCAGAAACUAGAACUUGUAGCAUUGCUAGACGUGUGAGAGGUUCUCGAAGGCAGGUUGACAAGCCUAGAUUUGUAGCUGCAUUUUGCCAAUCAAAUUCUGGGGAUGUUAGUCCAAAUGUGCUUGGAGCUGUCUGUAUUGACACUGGACUACCUUGUAACUUCAACCAUAGUACAUGUGGAGGGAAGAAUCAAUUAUGCUAUGGCCAAGGACCAGGUUAUCCAGAUGAAUUUGAAAGUACCCGCAUUAUAGGGGAAAGACAAUUUAGAAAAGCAGUGGAUCUUUUCAAUGCAGCGACUGAAGAGAUUAAAGGGGAGGUCGAUUUUCGACAUGCCUAUAUUGAUUUCUCCAAGCUUGACGUAACUAUUUCUAAUCAAGGACCUUCUGAGGUUGUAAAGACAUGUCCUGCUGCAAUGGGGUUUGCAUUUGGUGCCGGAACAAUAGAUGGACCUGGAUCUUUUGAUUUUAUUCAAGGUGAUGACAAGGGCAGUCGUUUUUGGAAGCUGAUCCGUAACAUAGUUAAGACACCAAGCAAGGAACAAGUAGAGUGCCACCUCCCAAAGCCCAUUUUGCUCGAUACAGGUGAAAUGUGGAAACCAUAUGAAUGGGCUCCUUCAAUACUUCCAAUUCAAAUCCUCCGAGUUGGGCAGUUUGUCAUUCUUAGUGUACCAGGAGAAUUCUCAACAAUGGCUGGAAGGCGUCUUCGAGAUGCAGUGAAGACAGUGCUAAGUAGCAACAGAGAUUUUGAUAAUGUUCAUGUUGUUAUAGCUGGAUUGACUAAUUCGUAUUCUCAGUACGUGACUACAUUUGAAGAAUACCAGGUGCAAAGAUAUGAGGGUGCUUCCACGCUAUAUGGCCCACACACACUGAGUGCAUACAUUCAGGAGUUUAAGAAGCUUGCAAAGGCUCUCAUCAAUGGCGAACCAGUAGAACCUGGUCCACAACCCCCUAAUCUCUUGAACAAGCAAAUAAGUUUACUCCCACCAGUUUUGGUGGACGGAACCCCUUUUGGGGCAAGUUUCGGGGAUGUAUGCUCUGAUGUACCUCAGAACUCCAGUUUUAAGACCGGUGACACUGUGACUGCUUCGUUCUGGUCCGCGUGCCCUCGUAAUGACCUUAUGACUGAAGGCACCUUUGCCCUGGUGGAAUUUCUUCAAGAAAAGGACACUUGGAUUCCUGCUUAUGAUGAUGAUGAUUUCUGUUUGCGCUUUAAAUGGUCAAGGCCUCACAUACUCAGCACUACGAGUAAAGCAACCAUAGAAUGGAGGAUACCACAGGGUGUAACUCCUGGUGUCUAUAGAAUAAGACAUUUUGGCGCUGCAAAGCGCUUAUUUAGAUCAAUUCAACACUUUACAGGUUCAUCCAGUGCGAUCGUAGUGGCAUAAGGGAGGCAUUUCCUCACAGCCAUUACUGUAUUUGUGAUUUGUAGUGCUGAACUCUAGCAAAAUCCAUUCAAUCCUAAAGGAUGAUAUUCAACUUUGGAUUA